AUGAUAAAAAUAAAUAUUUUUAUUCUAUUAGCAAUGUUCAGUUAUAGUGAAUGUGCUAAUAUUUUGUAUGUAAUACCGUUUACAUCUAGGUCUCAUACUAUAAUGUUAAAACCUAUCGGUUUAGAGUUAGCCCGUAAAGGACAUAAUGUGACAGUGAUCACUGGACGUUUAGAAAAGACCGAUCUCCCCAACUAUCAUCAGAUUCAAAUCGACCAUAAGGAAAUAUGGGAAAUUUUGGGAACAGAAAGACCUAAUGUUUUUACUAUGACGGAAAUAUCAGCCGAAGAAUUUCAUAAUUUAAUAUUGUGGCGGGGUGGAUUAGCAUUCACCGAGAUGGCACUCAAUUCCAGUCAAGUUAGACAGUUUUUGGUAGAAGACAACAAAUUCGAUUUAGUUAUCAGCGAACAGUUCUACCAAGAAGCUAUGUAUACUUUGGCGCUCAAGUAUCAGGCUCCUCUGGUGUUAGUGACAACAUUUGGAAACUGUAUGAGACAUAACAUUGCUACAAGAAAUCCGUUACAAUUAGCCACAGUCAUUCCAGAAUUUCUUCAGUUAACUGAUCCAACUAGCUUUUGGGGAAGACUAAGAAAUGUUUACUUCACAUUUUACGAGUUUGUUUGGUGGAGAUAUUGGUAUUUGGUGGAGCAAGAACAAUUAGCAAAGAAGUAUAUACCAGGUUUACCAAAUCACUUACCGAGUUUGUACGAUAUACAACGAAACGUAUCAUUGCUUAUGAUAAAUAGUCAUUUUAGUUUUGAUUCUGCUAUUGCAUAUCUUCCUAAUAUAGUUGAAAUAGGUGGUGUGCACCUAUCACAUAGUAUUGAGAAGUUACCAAAGGAUCUGCAGACCUUGCUAGAUAAAGCUACGGACGGUGUUAUUUACGUUAGUUUUGGAUCGAACGUGAGAAGUUCAGAACUUCCAACUGAUAAGAUGGAAGCAUUUCUUAAAGUUUUUUCAGAAGUCAAUCAAACAAUACUAUGGAAAUGGGAAGAUGACAAAUUAAAAACAAAAUCCAAGAACAUAGUGUUUAGAAAAUGGUUUCCACAAAAAGAAAUAUUAUCACACCCAAAUAUCAAAGUGUUUAUAUCACAUGGAGGAUUGAUCGGGACUCAAGAAGCGAUUUUUCACGGGGUGCCCAUAAUAGGUGUUCCUAUAUACUCCGAUCAAUAUAACAAUCUAUUACAGGUCCAAAAUUUUGGAUUCGGUAAAAUUCUACGAUUUGAUGAUAUCAAUGAACAAAAUCUACGAAACAAACUAAUAGAUGUCCUCUCUGACAAUUCUUACCAAAUUAAAGCUAAAGAGGUCUCUAAUCGAUUUAAGGAUAGACCAAUGAAUCCUUUAGAUACCGCAGUAUUUUGGAUCGAGUAUGUGAUUCGACAUAAAGGAGCUGACUUCAUGAAAAAUCCGGCGUUACAAUUGAGUUGGCUAAGUUAUAAUAUGUUUGAUGUUUGUAUCUUUUUAUUACUAGUGCUAAUACUGUUUUUAUAUUUAAUUUUUCGUGUAAUAAUAUGUUUGAGACAAUAUUUCUUAAAAAAUGAUCUUGCAAAGAGUAAGAAAUUAUAA